AUGUCGUUUAAUAAAACAAUGUGCUACCCAAGUGCCUUCUUCUGUUCUCCCUCCGGAGUGCUCCUCUCUCUGCCCGGCACCGGCGCCUCCGCCGUGAACUUCACCAUCGGCGUGCAGGGCAUGGUCUGGUGCAAGACCUGGAGGUACAUCGGCUACACCGCCGACAUGGACGCCUCCCCGCUCCAAGGCGUGGAGGUGUACCUGCAGUGCCGGCACGGCCCGCGGCGGCUGAAGAAGUUGCCAGGGGCAUCGGGGCAGGGCGGCUACUUCACCAUCCAGUCGGCGCACAUGGCGUCCUUCACCAACGACGAGUGCAAGGUGUACGUGGAGAGCUCGUCGUCAACCGCGUGCGACCUCGCUGACGAACCUGCUGCCGGCGAGGGGCUGCCGCUCAAGUUCAAGACCUUCGUCCAGCGCGGCGACGGGCUGCAGGCGCUCUACUCCUUUGGCAACUUCUUCUUUCGCCCCAGCGACCCCAACAACUUCUACUGA